AGCAGAUGUAAGCCUCAACUCUACAGAAUUUAAUAGCAAAAACAAUCGCAGCCUGGGAAGGGCUCUGGAAUUUUUUGCAUCAGCUUAAGAAGAUUUAACAACUUUGAGUUCUGUCCAGAGGGUAAAGGGCUGACCACUCAGUAGAUCUCAUGUGACCGCACCUGUGGGAUGAGAUAAACUACGGGAGUUUAUACCUGCUGAGAAAUUGGCUCAAAGGUACAAGCUUCCAAAGAAUGAAGAUUUUGAUAAUGAUUGAUUUUGUCCUUGCAGCUAGCUUGAUGGAUGUCAUUAGCAGCUCUGAUCUACAGAAAUGUUUUCAAGAGCAGAUUCGACUUCAAGGCCAGGUGAGGCUUCUGGAACAUCGUGUGAAACAGCAGCAGUUAAAAAUUAUACAGCUUUUGGAGAAGAAAGAGAUUCAGUACAGUGACAGAGGAGAUGAAAACAGUGUCAUUGACUUGGGAGGAAAAAGACAGUAUUCAGAUUGUGCAGAAAUCUACAAUGAUGGCCAUAAGCAAAGUGGAUUUUAUAAGAUGAAGCCUCUCCGGAGUCCUACCGAAUUCCUUGCCUUCUGUGACAUGUCUGAAGGGGGUGGUUGGACUGUUUUCCAGAGACGUUCUGACGGCAGCCAGAAUUUUGAUAGAGUCUGGACAGACUAUGAAGAAGGCUUUGGAAAUUUUGUUUUGACAAAUGGUGAAUAUUGGCUUGGAAAUAAAAAUCUUCAUUAUUUGACUAAUCAAGGGAACUAUACUUUAAGAAUUGAUCUAACUGAUUUUGAAGGAGAACGGCGUUUUGCACAAUAUGAAAGAUUCAGAGUUGCAGAUCAAGAGCAUUCUUAUGAGAUGAGCUGUGGUGAAUACUCUGGCACAGCUGGUGAUUCCCUUACUGGUGGAUUUCAUCCUGAAGUAAAAUGGUGGGCUGAUCAUCGAGGAAUGAAAUUCAGUACUAGAGACAGGGAUAAUGACAACUACGAAGGGAACUGUGCUGAAGAGGAAAAGGCUGGCUGGUGGUUUAACAGGUGUCACUCUGCCAACUUGAACGGUUUGUACUAUAAAGGCCCCUAUACUGCACAGACGGACAACGGGAUUGUUUGGUACAGUUGGCACGGGUGGUGGUAUUCUCUGAAAUCCGUUGUCAUGAAGGUCAGACCAGCAGACUUUGAACCAAAUAUUGUUUAAGUAUUUUAUUAAGACGAUUUAUCUAGUUAAUCUUCUAGCAAAUAAAUCCAAAUCAAAACAGAUGGGCAGAUUUUUGCUUCUCAGGGCAGAUUUUUGCUUCUUAUCUAUGCAGAUAUAAAUCUGGAAUAAUUCCUCUGCAACCAGUAGUUUUAUGAGAUGUAAACGAGAAGACAAUCUGGCUUAUGAAUCUGGAGAUACAAAUACUAGUGCUAGUAUGUCUACAGGAUAUUUUUAAAAAGGCAGGUGUUCACCUAGGAAUAAGGACAUCUUUGUCAACAUGGAGAAUUUUUGGCUUCUGCAGCAACUACAAAUCCUUUCACCUUUUAAAAACCAAUAUUGUCACUGUGUUGUCUCAAAAAUGCAAAUGAAUUGUACGUAUUACAACCAAAAAACUAUUUAAAUACAAGCAUAGGGCUGGUUUACUCAGUGGAUGGAACAUAUGUUCUUUGGAACGAUUCAAAGCUUUAGAAGUGAGUUGCCUGUAAAUUCCUCUGAUUUAUUUGCAUGUGCUGUGUACAUAGCAUACAUAAAAAGUAUAAAGAAUGAGGCAGGGAAGUGAAGGAGCAGAAGGGAUGCCACCAGGCUAGAAUCAAUUGAAUCCAGCAUACAGCAAUGGAUUGUCUGUUGUUGCUGAAGCAUUUCUAGGGCUGGUCACAUCAUUUCAAUCUAACAUUCUGAUGGUCAGUAAUUACGUCUUUCUUCUUCUUGGUAACCAUUAUGCCUUUCUUUUUUUUGGUAACAUUUGGUAACAAAACCUGGGCUUUUAUGUAUUGACGUUUGGAGUUUACCAAAAGGCUAAAUAACAAAAGCUGCAACUAACUUUAAUGUGAGCUAUGCUUUGAACAUAGACUAUCAUACUGCAUGAGUAGAUGGACGUGUAUGUCAUGUGCUUUAGAGGUUCUUAGUGCUUGACUCAUAAAUCUUUACUUUCUUUAUGUAUCUGUUAGUCUCCACAAGUCUCCAACUUUGAAUGCCCUGCUCAGUCACUUCAAUAUGGUUCUGCUUCUAAGCCAAUUAUCUUCUUUUCCUAUGUCCUUGCCUUGGCUCUCUUGGCUUUCCCCCUUCUCAAGCUGCAGACGUACAAGAAAAAUCAUACCAGAGACUCUGCUUACCCCUGGCUUUUGUGCCUAGCACCACAAUAGGCUCUAAUAGCCAGUAAUAACAAGAAUCACUGAUUAGUGCUUGCUGCCAUGGAGAAGAUAGGAACACUCUCUAGAAAGCUAUCUGAUGAAAUGUAAUCCAUUUCUGCUGAGCAGAUGCAAAUGAAGACUUUUAAAAAACAUGUGGAUCUGAGACAAACUUGGACGCUUCUAUUUGCCCGCUUUCCUAAAAUGAUUUUGCUUUCGUGGUUGGACUGCCAGUCUCUCUUCCUCUGUCCAAAUACAGUUUUUGAACCUGGCAGUUGGUUUCAGUCAAGCUUAACAUAAUUGAAACAAGCUUUUGGCAAUCUAUCAGUCAUUUUAUAACUACAUUGAUAUGAAUACAGGUCAGCUCAAUGAUAACUCCCUGCAUGGCCAUUUUUUCUUCCAUUUCCAUCCUCCAAAACCAAAAGUUUGGCAAGAAUCCUUGAAAGAAUUGCACGGGGUAAGGAGGAAGGAUGUGUAGAAUAACUGGGUAAAAAAAACAUAUGAAACAAUCUCACUCAAUAAGACAUAUCAGAUUACACCUAAACAAAAAAAAAAAAAAAAAAAGAAUUAAGUAGAGAAAACAUGGGGUUCAGGUAGCUAAAAAAGAGCCUUAUGUAAAAAUGGUGCUGAUAAAAAUCUGCAGUAUAGAGGUUUUGAGGUCUGUGCUUUUUGUGGUAAUAGCAGGUAAUCUAGAUAAUCUAAUCUUUUUUAUGUUGUAUCAAUAGAUGUGCUGCUAGAGAUUUUUAGCCUUUAGCACACCCCUGCACCCCUGCAUAAGAGGACAGAUGGAUAGCUCUACAGCUGCUUAUUUGGAACCUUGUUUAAUCAGCUAAACCAAAUUAAAUUCUGUGUCUGAUAGGAAGGCGCACCAGCAUAUCAGUGUGUAUGUAUAUAUGUAUAGAGCUAUAUAUAUAUAAAAAUAUUCAGCAUUCAACAUUAAAACAGAACAUCCGAUAUAUAUUUUUAUCCAAUUUUAUUACAGAACUUAAAUGGGUUCCUGUGUAACUCUUUGAGCAAGUCUGUACGUAUGGGCCAUUAAUAAUAUGAUGGAAGUUUUGGAAUAGUUUAAAAAGAUGUUUUAAGUACAGUAUUUCCCAUAAUGAUUUUCAAAUUCUUUUGCUACUCUAAGAGGAGAAGGAUUUAAUUCUUUGCAAAACCAUGGAUGACAUUAUGUAGAAAUUGUAAAAACACCCUUAGUUUUUCACAGGAAAAUGAAAAAAUUAGCUCAUGUAUUUGGAGAGUAUCAAGACAGAUCAUAUUCCACAUAAUUUAAAUAAAAGACACGGAGGAUUUAAGUACAGCAAAGUUGGAUCUCUAGCACACAAAAAAGACUCUUAGCACGUACAGAUUGUGCUCAUAAAAUCUGCAGUAGUUUUUUUGUUUGCCGCAGCAUAAAUCCAUCUUCUUUUCUUAUGAGAACGCCAAUGAAAUCUUUCAGCUGAGUUAGGGUGCUUUUGUCAUAUUCUGAUGUAAAAUUUGACUCCCUUUCUCUAUUGGAUAUCAUAAAAUGAAGGAGGAUCAAAUCUUUCUUUGUACAUCUUACAAUGCAUUUAUGUGUUUAUUUGGACUGAAUGGUUUUCAGAACAAGGACUUGGAUAUCCUCGCUGUCUGAAAGCCAUCUACCAUACUGCUAGCAAUACGAAAAUACAGUAUUUAAUUCCCACCAUCUUUCUAUGGCCUUUCUUUGUGCAAUAAAUCUUUUUGUCCACAUGAAAACAUGUGAAAGUGUUGUAAUUCAAAAUGGUCAUAUAAGCAUUCUCAAACAAACAAACUAUUUUCAAAAGGCAAGUUUCAAUAGCUACUAGACAAGAGAGUACAGCUUGGAAGAGAAUUCUUUUCCCUGCCUGUUUGUAUUAAUUUAUUUCCUCAGCAGGUAUAAACAUGUUCUAAGGUACUCUUUAUUCUUACAACAUAGCAGAACAAAGGCCAGUUUAUUUGUUCAGGCAUUAGAGAGAACAACAUAAUAACUCCCAAAUAGCUGAAAAUGAAUACAUACCAUUUGAUACAAAUCAUAUAACCCAACAGAGGAAGAAUAAGAAUCAAGGGAAUAACAAGGAAAAUGUUUUG